AUGACCACCGGGCAAGACACCUUGAUCGAGUCGGCGAUGAACGACAUUGAGAAGCGAUUUGGGCGCGGGGCGAUCAUGCGUCUCGGCGACAGAGACACUUUUAGUCCCGCGACGCCCAUACCGACGGGGUCGCUGGCACUGGACCUUGCACUUGGAAUAGGCGGCGUGCCAAGAGGCCGAGUCACUGAGAUAUUCGGCGCGGAGUCGACCGGAAAGACGACUCUCGCGUACCACAUCAUGGCUGAAGCCCAGAAAAGCGGAGGCACGGCCGCCUACAUCGACGUGGAGCACGCACUCGACCCCGAGUUCGCGCGGACCUGCGGCGUCGAUAUCGAUAACCUGCUCGUAUCCCAGCCGGACUAUGCCGAACAGGCACUGGAGAUUUGUGAAUACCUCGUCCGCAGCGGAGCGGUGGCCGUCGUGGUCAUCGACAGCGUCGCGGCUCUCGUCCCCAAAGCCGAGCUCGAAGGCGAGAUGGGCGAUCAGCACCUCGGCCUACAGGCCCGCAUCAUGUCACAGGGCCUCCGAAAGCUAACGGCUGCGAUCAGCCGCCACGACACCGGGGUCAUCUUCAUCAACCAGCUCCGAGAGAAAAUAGGUGUCCUCUGGGGCAAUCCGGAGACCACGCCGGGCGGACGGGCGCUUAAGUUCUACAGCUCGGUUAGGAUCGACCUCCGCAGGGGCGAGUCGGUCAAGAACGGAAGCGAGAUCAUCGGCACGCACGUGAAGGCGCGUGUCGUGAAGAACAAGGUCGCCCCACCCUUCCGUACCGCCGAAUACGACAUCAUGUUCGGCGAAGGCAUCAGCCAGGAGGCCGACCUCUUGGCGCUAGGUGUGGAAAUGGGGCAUGUGCAAAAGAGCGGCUCGUACUACUUCUUCGAAGAUACUCGAUUGGGACAGGGCCGUGAGAACGCGAAGCAGUUCUUGAAGGAAAACGACGGCAUCGCCGCCAAGAUCGAGGAUGAUACGCGGCAAGACCGAAGUAGAGCACACGCCGGAAGCCGCUCCGGGCAGCGAGAAUGGCGUCGCCGCAGGCGCCACGUCCUAAAGUCGUGA